AUGGCCGCUCCUCAGGUUCACCAUCUCUUCCACGCACCAAUUGCAGACCACUCGUUCUCAUCCGACAAGAAGACACUUGCUGUCGCUCGGGAGAACAAUGUGGAGCUGUAUCAACAAUCAGGCAACAAGUUCGCGCUGAGUGAUGAGCUCAAGGGCCACGAGAAGACCGUCACCAGCGUUGAUAUUGCUCCCAACAGUGGCCGAAUCGUCACUUGCUCGCAGGACCGAAAUGCCUACGUUUGGGAGCAAACCCCGACCGGAUGGAAGCCUACCCUGGUACUUCUCCGAAUCAACCGUGCCGCAACCUUUGUGCGCUGGUCUCCAUCGGAGCAGAAGUUCGCCGUCGGCUCCGGCGCUCGAGUGAUUGCAGUCUGCUACUUUGAGGAGGAGAACGACUGGUGGAUCUCGAAGCACAUCAAGAAGCCUAUUCGCAGUACUAUUACAACUCUGGCGUGGCACCCGAAUUCCGUCCUGCUGGCAGCCGGAUCGACCGAUUCUCACGCCCGAGUCUUCUCGAGCUUCAUCAAGGGUAUCGAUACCCGCCCGGAGCCUAGUGCGUGGGGAGAGCGUCUUCCUUUCAACACCAUCUGUGGCGAAUACCUGAACGAUACUGCUGGUUGGAUCCAGGGUGUCGCCUUCUCUCCCAGUGGUAACGCGCUCGCAUUUACUGGACACGAUAGCAGUGUGACUGUUGUGUACCCUAGCGCCCCGGAGCAGCCCCCACGGGCGAUGUUGAAUAUCGCUACCCGUUUGCUGCCGCUCAACAGCCUUAUCUGGAACGGCGAGACCGAGAUUAUCGCAGCUGGACAUGACUGUGAGCCCUUCCGUUUCCGCGGCGAUGAGAAUGGAUGGCAACUUGCCGGCUCUCUGGAGAGUAAGGCCGGAGAAGCCGGGGGUGCCCGCGAGGAGUCUGCUUUGAACAUGUUCCGGCAGAUGGAUCUCAAGGGCCAGGCCCAGGCGGACACCAAGCUCAAGUCUACCCACCAGAACACUGUUCACACCAUCCGGGCUCACGAAGAAGCCAACGGGGUUCGAGCGGUGUCGACGGCCGUGUUGUCAUUUGGACCGCCUGAUUUGAACUACCUUUUUAAUGCUGGCCUUGGUGUAUGCCUCGCCACGGCCCAGAACAAGAAGCAUGUAUCAACCGAUCUAUUCAACUCCCUGGAAGAGUUAUCCCGGCUAGUGGACAUUUCAUACUGCGUCGGAACAACAGGAGUACAACAACCAUUCCAGUGCCUCAGCCGCUGCGACGAGUUCCCAGAUCUAGAACUAGUAACCACCUGGAACACAGGCGUACUCCUCUCCGACUCAUGCGGCUACAUAGCCCUCUCUCACACCCCGUCCGCCAAACAAAUAAUCCUCGCCUUCCGCGGCACCUACUCAAUAACAAACACAAUAAUCGACCUCUCCGCCUAUCCCCAAGCCUACAUCCCCUACCCAGACCCGGAAGAAAACACCACCAGCACCAUCCCAGUCCCCGCAGGUCCACACUGCGAAAACUGCACCAUCCACGCGGGCUUCAUGCGUUCAUGGCUGCACACCAGAACUGAAAUCCUCCCAGCCAUCACCACUCUCCGCCAACAAUACCCAGACUACGCUAUAACGCUAGUAGGCCAUUCCCUUGGCGGCGCUGUCGCGGCACUAGCAGGACUAGAGAUGCGUCUGAAGGGCUGGGAUGCGACGGUGACGACGUUCGGGGAGCCGAUGAUCGGGAACGCGGCGUUCGCCGCAUUCCUCGACGAGCAAUUCGGGCUCGGGGAUGGGAUAUCGAUUCCACCGCUUGAGGGGGGGAUGCGAUUUCGUCGUGUUACGCAUAUCGGUGAUCCGGUUCCUAUGUUGCCGCUUGCUGAGUGGGGGUAUAGUCCUCAUUCCGGGGAGGUUUUUAUUAUGAAGGAGGGACUGCCGCCGCGGAGGGAGGAUGUGGUUUAUUGUGUUGGUUGGGAGGAUCCUGGGUGUAUUGCGGGUAACGGGGUUGAGGGGGUUUUGGUUGAGUUAUAUCGGGAUUUGAAUGUUCCUGUUGGGUUGGCUGGGUAUGAUUCUGGUGGAAAUGGGUGUCGGUUGAGUGGUGAUGAUGGUAGUGCUGUGUCUGAGGAGCAGGCUGUUUUGGGACAUGAGAGUCCAGAUAUUGCUGACUGUGAGGAUAGAUUAUCGCCUCUUCGGUGGGAUUGGUCGCUUAUACCGGCGAGGUAUCGGCUUUGGGAACUGUUUUAUGCUCAUCGGGAUUAUUUUUGGCGGAUUGGGCUUUGUGUUCCUGGGGGAGAUCCAACUGGGUAG